AAUGUACCCAGCACACUGAUGGGGCCGGGAUGACGUUAUGCUGCCAUAUAUCCUGUGUUCCUUCUGCUUUUAGGAGGCCCCGGGGUCCUUCCAGCACUGCUCCUGGAUGGGUGGAUACUUGGAGCUCCACAGCCCCGGCUGUCAGGAGGGAUUCAUUGCUUGUUGUCUCCCCUUGGUGCAGGUCAGCCUGGAAUGGGUCUCCCGUCCCUCUGUUAGCACUAAGGAUGUGUCCUGUCUUCCUAUGUCCCCAUAUGGCACCGUUCUAUGGGGGCAGGAUGGGGAAGCGAGAGAGUUGUGUUCAACAGCAAAGAGAAGCAGUUCAACCCCCAUGGAACAAAGCUGCAUCCAUCUGAGGUGUAAACCCAUCCUGCUUCCAGAUGGUCCGGGGGUGACAGGCUGCAAUGCAGACAGGUACCUUCAGAGCAGGGAGAGGGCAGCAGCAAUUUGUCACUCACAUUCCUUCCUCUUCCCGGCCCCAAAACCACAAGAGAAGCCUUCAUAUCCAGAUCCCAGCACUGCAAUCACAGCCAGACACUGGAGAGCAUCGUUGUGCAGAUGGGAGUGUAUGCAGGGCACCAGGUGACAGCAUCCCACCAUCCAAACAGGCUCCUGUCCCCACAGUUCCCUCCUCAUUAGCAGAACUGUGAGAUCUGCCUUCCCAAAGUGGCUCAAGAAGAGUCGGGGUGGGAAUAUGGGAAGGAUACAGGAGAUAAUCUGAUGGGAAGGAGUGCAGCCAUUGCCUGGGGUUUGAGAAAUGCUGGGUUUCAUUCAAGUCCUGUCCCUGGCAAAUGAGUUCUCUGUACUGCAACUUCAGCUGAGAGAUGGGAGAAAGGCAACUGUUCCCUUCAUUGAAACAAACCCAAACGAGCAAGUCUCCAUCGUCGUGUGGCACCAAAGCCAACCAAUGAGUUCUGUUUCCUUUUUGAGCACAAAGCAGCCUGCCAUCCCUUACUUCUGGGAUAGCACACAAACCGAACAGUCAGGCUUAGGGAACAAAAUCUACAUUUCCUUGUUCCUUUUUUAAUUUCCAAAGCUGGAGAAGCAGCGCUCAGCACAGCCGUGGAGAAGGGAGGGGAGAGAAGAGCUGCUCAGGAUGAAUGCAUGAGGAUGCAGAAACAAAACUCACAACUGCACUGAAAAACUUCCUUCACGACCCUCAUAUUCUGCACAGGCAGAAGGGGCCAUGCACCUAAAUCCCCCCCAUCCCCUUCUUCAUAACCCUGGAAAUCUAUGGUUCUAUUUCUUUUCUUCUCUUUUUUUCCCUUGGUCCUCCUUUGGGUGACUGUUGGGAAAAGGAAGGUUGUUUUCUUUGCUUUUUCCUGAUGGAGGGAAUGGAAUGGGGAUGAACUGAGCCCCAAGGCAGAAGGGAACACCACCAUACUGCCUGCUCUCCUGGUGCAAAGAUAAAGAAGUUUCUAAGGCAGCCUUGGCCAUUUUGCACAUUGCUUCACUCCCUUCAUAUCUGGGAUGCUCCUCUCAGUGGAGACCCCAUUGUCUGACAGCACCCAACCUAAAACUUGGGGUCCCCUCUGUGCCUCAUCCAGCCCUUUGAGGACCCCCCUGUUCCCUGUUUGUCCCUCUGGGGACGCCCUUGUGCCUCAGCCCCACACUGCCAUGUGAGGACCACUCCUCUGUACCCCAUUUGGCCUUCUGGGGACCCCUCCAUGCCCCAUCUCCAUGCUGCCCUUUGAGAACUCCCCCGUGCCCUAUCUGUCCCUAUAGGGACACCCUUGUGCCUCAGCCUCAUCCUGCCCUUUGGGGACACCCCAAUGCUCCAUCUCCAUGCUGCCUUUUGAGGAUACCCCCUUCUGUGCCCCAUUUGGCCUUUUGGGGACCCCUCAGAACCUCAUCUCCAUGUUGCCCUUUGGGGACCACCCCUGUGCCCUAUCCAUCCCUUUGGGGACCACCCCUGUGCCCCAUCCAUCCCUUUGGGGACACUACAUCCCUACGCUGCCCCUGGGGUCUCCCCCCGGGCCUCCCUUGAAGGCGCAGUGCCAGGCAGCAAAGGGUUACGUUCGGAGGUGCCGCUCGGCUCCCGGUACCUGGAAGGAAGGGAGGGGAGGAAGGCACGGAGCGGAGUUUGCAGCGGUCCCCGAGAAGGCGGCGAACGGGCGGCAGCGGUGAAGCCGCGGCGGGAGCCGCCUCCGCCCCCGGUCCGGUACCGCCGCCCGGAGCCCCCCAUGGGUGAAGGGGGGGCUCGAGGAAGCGGCUUCUAAAAGGGGGACACCCCCUCGCUUUCCCCUGGCUGACGUUCCCCGCUUAAAAAGAAGGGAGGGAAAAAAAAAAAGAACCAAAAACCAACAAACCACCAAAAAAAACCAUCAGAAACCCACCCAAAGCCGCUCUAAAUUUGAGGGAACAGCGAAGGCAGGCGGCAUCGGCUGGAAAAUGCAUCUCACUCGGAGCUGCAUCGGCUUCCUGAUCCAGGGGAGCAUCUCUCUGCUGGUGGUCUGUGGCCAAGGAGGGCCAGGGGAAGGUGCCAAGCAGCAUGAACCUGAGAGCCAGGAGGGAGCCCAAGCACAGGAGACCACAGAACUGCUCCCAACCAAACCCCUGCUCACCCCAACCUUGCUGCAGAACGUGACCCUCCUGGAGCUGGUGAGCAGCUCACGGGAGCUAUGGGAUAUCCUGGACAACCUCUCGGAGCGGGAUCACGCUCCACAUCCCCGAGGACAGAGGGACUUGGAGUCGGCCUCGGGUAAACUUAAAAAAGUUUUUGGCUGGGGAGAUUUUCAUUCCAACAUCAAGACUGUGAAGCUAAACCUCCUGAUCACCGGCAAGGUGGUGGAUCACGGCAACGGCACCGUCAAUGUCUUCUUCCGCCACAACUCCACCGGGCAGGGGAACAUCUCGGUCAGCCUCGUCCCUCCAACUAAGGCUGUUGAGUUUGACCUGGAGCAGCAGAUCUUCAUUGAGGCCAAAGAAUCCAAAAUCUUCAACUGCCGCGUGGAGUAUGAGAAAGUGGAUCGCGCCAAGAAGACCACGCUGUGCACAUACGACCCAUCAAAGACCUGCUACCACGAGCAGACCCAGAGCCAUGUCUCCUGGCUCUGCUCCAAGCCCUUCAAAGUCAUCUGCAUCUACAUCACCUUCUAUAGCAUAGACUACCGGCUGGUGCAGAAGGUGUGCCCUGACUACAACUAUCACAGCGAUGUGCCCUAUUUCCCCUCGGGGUGAUGCACGCUCAGGAUGUCCCAGUGAUAAGCGGGUGCUGGGGAGGGUGGGGGGAGGGAUGGGGAUGGUUUUUAAGCAGGGUGGGUCCCUGGAAGUGAGGAAGGAGAAGGGUUUCAGUUUUCCCCAAAAGCUCGUAUAGUUUUGAGGAGAGGAGAGAAAAUUUGGGCUAUGGGGGUAAAGGUGUUGAUAAACUCGGCCCAGAUCUGUGGUCUUCAGAGAUUGGUACGGGGUCUGAAUGUAGGAUACAGAAAAUAGGGCAUAAAGCCGGAAUCAGGACUUGUGUUUCUCAGUGCAAUAAUGUUUUUUUUGCCUGGAUUUAGGCCACACGGUCCUAAAAGGUGGGGGACCAGGUGCAGAGGGCUGCAGGAGAAGGUGGGCACAACAUGGAGAGCAUAGUGGGGACAAGGGCACCUGGUACAUGCCAUGGAUGGGGGACAGCCGUGCACGGCCACCUCAUCUCCCCCCAAGCAGGUGCUGGGAGCAUCAGGGCUGCGUUUCCCCCAUGCUUGGGCUGAACGUUGGGGUGGGACAGGGAGGGACACCCCAGGUGCCACCCCAUUGCAGCCCACUGGUUUGGGGGAUUGGGAAGGAUGGAGCCGCAGAGAGAGGAAUCCUGGUCGGAUCUUGCUGACACAAGGUGUGAUUCAUGUGUUUCCCCUGAUGCUGUGUGUGUGAUUCAUGCAUUUCCCCUUCGUCUCAUCCAUGUUUCAUGGGGCUCCCACCCGUGUCCGUGUGCUCAGAGCAGCUCAGAGCAGUUCCUGGGUGCAGAAGUGUGUGGUUGGGUGGCAGAGUCGAGCUCUGACUGUAGCAUUUAACUGACUUUGAAGGAAAAAAAAACCUCACAGUGCUGUCCUUGGGAGAGAGAAUAAAGUUUUUACGGUGGUAA